AAAAAGUAGGGUUAUAGUUUUUGUUACAUGUGUUGCAGUUUUUGAAUGUUUUUGCUGUUUUUAGCCGUUUAUCGACAUCAAAUGUUAGAGAUUUGUCCGAAAUGGAAAUUAUCGAAAACAAAUUGCAGGAGUUCUUGUUGAUCGCCAGAAAGUCGCAGGAAAACGAUGGCGGUAAAACGCGCACUGAAGACUUCAACGCGCUUUUAACAUCGGAUAGCAAUUGGAAGAUAUUUACGGACCGUUCGUUCGACAUCGGCCAAUUAAAGACCUAUUUCAACAAUUUAGAAGGCGACGAGCGAUUCGCUGUUUUAAAAUUCGGCGUGGCUUGCAUGGUAGGCUUCGUGCAAUGCAACUUCACGGGCCCCGACAUAACUCGAGAAAUCGAAGAAUGCCUCAACAAGGAGGCGCUGAAUAAAAUCGAUUUUUCCAAACUGUUGUCAGUGAAUAACGAGGACGUUAAUGUUAACACCAAGUUUCCCAUUCUUUUGGUUACCGCUAAAAUUGUAUUCGAGCAUUGCCGAGCUGAUAGCAUGAUAAACGACUGGUGGUGUUGGAGGUCUAUUCUCAUACACCAGAAAAUACUGGAAGAACGGAGCCCCUCUCUUUUAUCCGACGCCGAUCGUUUAUACAAACAAUUCCAAAUUAGCCUCGAUCUAAGCGGUAAUGUAAAAGCAUCGUUGGAUCUCGAAGUGGCCCAACUCUACUUGCUAUUCAGAAACGUAUCGAAAGCGAAAGAACACAUUUUAUCCGCCAUUACGAUACUCGGUUUACACUACGAUUUCAUAGGAGCUUUAGGUAAAAGAACCAAGUAUCAGGAAAAAGAACUCGCCCAAUUGGCUUUAAAAGUAACACUAGACGAGAAAGAUAUCGAGCGAUUAGAAGCGAACGACAGCCACCUGCCCAAAGACAUACCCCUCAAUGACGACGUUCGCUUAAAUAACAUAGAAUUCUCCGAAGAUUUAGGCGAAAUUUGCAAACUGGGUAUAUUAGAACAGAAAUUAUUCGUCACCUUCAUCAAAGACAUGCUGAUAUCGAAGCCGCAGGACGAACUUCAAGUGGAAGAAAUAAUGGCCUUCGUCGAUAUGAUUUUAUGCCAAAAAAACAGCUACGCCAUAAGAGCCGUUACUCUGUUACUAAGAUCGCUGCUGGAGAGCAAGAAUCGAAGGACGAUCGAGAGGUCUCUGAGCCAAUGCGAAGAAAUCAUCGGUAGCUUGAAGCGGGAGGAACCCGAAGCUUUGAUUAGGAUAUACGAUGUGUUCGGUACGGGAAUGCCCCCCAUUUGGAAAGUAGAAUCCCAAUACGCCGAUUUGCUAUUGAACAUCGGUCUAGUUAAAAUCGCUUUGGAUGUUUAUUUAAAAAUCCAACUCUGGGAGGAAGUUAUCGUUUGCUACACCAUUUUGAAGCUACGACACAAAGCCGCGGAAAUUAUAGAAGAACAAUUAAAGCUGAAUCCUUCAGUUAAACUUAUGUGUUUAUUAGGCGAUGCGACUGACGAUGUAACGUGCUACGAAAAGGCUUGGGAAAUGUCGAAGAAGCGCAGCCAUCGGGCCCAAAGGCACUGGGGCCAGUACCUCUUCGUUCGCAAGCAAUACGACGAAUGUAUCCCGCAUUUCGAGAAAUCACUCAGCAUCAACCCCCUACAGGCCGACAUCUGGUUCCGUUUGGGCUACGCAGCCCUGCAAACGGAGAACUGGCAAACCGCAGCGACCGCCUAUCGACGUUACACCACCCUGGAACCGGAAUCGUUCGAGGCCUGGAACAACCUGGCCCAAGCGUACAUAAAAAUCGGCAACAAGCGCAACGCCCACCAGGCCAUUUUGGAGGCCCUAAAGUGCAACUUCGAGAACUGGAAGGUGUGGGAGAACCUGCUGGUCAUCAGCUGCGACAUAUCGAACUUUUCCGACGUCAUCAGGGCCUAUCACAGGCUGCUCGAUUUGAAGGAGAAGUACAUCAACGUGGAAGUGUUGAACGUGCUGGUGUACAACGUUUGCAACGAUUUGAACGAUUGCGAGGGCCAAUCGUGCCGGAGAUUUUUGAAGAAAACUAGAGAAUUGUUGGGUAGGGUGACGGCCGUCUAUCCAGGAGAGGGUUACGUGUGGGAAUUGUACGCCAACUUGGCGCCGGCCGUGCUGCUGAAGGCCCAACGAUUGCAGAGGGCCUACAGGGGUUACAGCCAAAGCGGUUGGGAUAAAAACCCGGCGAGUUGCCAGCAGAUGCUGUACGUUUGCAUCAAGCUGGCCGGUAUCGUGUUGGACCACGACAUCGAUCCCAAAGAUACUCUGGUGAAUUCCAUCAGGUUGAAUUUGAGCGCGGCUGUGGCGGCCGUAAAGAAACAGGAUUGGGAGGAGACGAGAGAUUUGGUGGAACAAGUGACGGGGCUUCUCGAGAAGAUUAUUGAUAAAGUGAAAAAUGACCAUAGUAAAGUUAUCGAUUAGAUUUAUUUUUAACACGUUGAACGAGGAAUAAAAAAUUCAUGAUU